AUGCCGAAAAAAUCUGAACUUAGUGCUGAACAGCGUCUUAGAAUUAAGAUUUUACAUGAACAAGGCAUGUCUCAGGUUAAAAUAGCCCGAGAAGUGAAGUGCUCGCGAUGUGCAGUUCAAUAUGCUAUAAAUCGCUUCAAAGAGACUGGCACCCAUGAAAAUAGACCAAGAACAGGCAGAAGAAAAGUUACUACUGAACGGGAAGAUCGAUUGUUGAUUAGGCAGUCUCUACAAAACAGGAAAAAAACUGCUUUAGAGCUCGCUGCAGCAUUAUCUGAGGCAAAAGGCAGCUCAGUGAGUGUUUAUACUGUGAGAAGAAGACUUCUUAAAGCUGGAUUAAAAGGAUUUAAAGCAAGGAAGAAGCCGUGGCUGUCAGAACACAAUAAGAAAAAUCGGUUGGAGUGGGCACUCAAACAUAGAGAUUGGUCAGUGGAAGAUUGGUCCAACGUACUGUGGUCAGACGAAUCUAACUUUGAGGUAUUUGGAACACCCGGUGUGACUUAUGUUAGGCGAAGGGUUGGCGAAGAAUACAACCCAGAAUGUGUGGUUCCCACUGUUAAGCAUGGUGGAGGCUCAAUAAUGAUCUGGGGCUGCAUGGCUGCCGACGGAGUGGGCGAAAUGGUGUUGUGUGAGGGACGAAUGAAUAGUGUUAAAUACACUGAAGUUCUGGAAACAGCACUAGCAACGUCGAUAACGCAAAUUUUCGGUGAUACAAACACCGAUGGCCUGAAAUUUCAGCAAGAUAACGCCACUUGCCACAAGUCCGCGCAUACCAUGAAGUGGUUUGCUGAAAAUCAUAUUGAUCUUUUGGACUGGCCACCACAAUCACCAGACCUCAACCCGAUUGAGCAUAUUUGGUCCAUUUUAAAGAAAAAUAUCCGCAGGCACUCGAUUAGCAAUAAACAAGCUCUAUUGGCCGCGUUACAGCAGGAAUGGAAAAAUAUAUCAAGAGAAGAAUGUUUCAGGCUGGUAGAGUCAAUGCCAAAAAGAGUGGCUGCGGUUAUUAAGUCAAAAGGUGGACCUACAAAAUAUUAA